GCGGUUUUCCCUGCGGUGCGUUCGGAGGGGUUCCGCGAUGGAGGUCUCUGGCCCGGCCUCGAGCGCGGUCGGGCGGCCGUUGACAGAAGACGAGAUGGCCGACGUGAAGAAGGAGGCUUUAGAAAGGAUGCGUCCUUACUUGUGUGACAAAAUUAUAGCUGAGAGACACUUUGAUUACCUGCGUUCAAAGAAAAUACUCACUAGAGAGGACACAGAGGAGAUCUCUUCGCGAUCUUCUAGUAGGAAAAAAACUGGGAAGUUAUUGGACUACUUGGCAGAAAAUCCAAAGGGACUGGAUGCUUUGGUUGAAUCCAUCAGGCGAGAAAGAACACAAAACUUUCUGUUACAGAAGAUAACUGACAUAGUGUUGAAAGUCAAAAAUGAAAAACUCGAAGCUCUCAAAGGUCUAAGUUGCAGCACAUGUCUGACCUCGCUGUAUGGAGGAACAAAUAAUCUUUCUAGAUCAUAUUCCGAUGAAUCCAAUUUUUUUGAUAAAACAAAAGACAAAGAAUCUACUCAUAUGCAUAAUCCAGAAGAAGAUUAUAGCACUGCUGCAUUUAUGUCUGCUGUCUCUCUUCAUUCAAUGAAUCUACCUGUUGCAGAGAUGGGGAAUGCUGAGAGUGCAAUUUUUUCAGCCACUCUUCCAGGCCCUGGAGACCCUGGUGCACCCCCUCUCCCUCCAGAGCUCCAGUCAGAACAGCAAGAACCAUCUACUAGUUCCAGUGACAAUUGCUUUUUGCCUUUAAGGUCACGUUCUCUUCAUCCACAGUGAACUUAGUGACAUUUGUCUGUUCAUCCAAAUGCUACUGAAGCUGAGUUUCAGUCUUUUAAGGGUAAAAAAAUGUUUUCAAACCGCUAAUUUGGGUAAUCAGAGAGAAAAAUCAGUGCUACUUGAUGUUUU